AGUAUGGGGCGUGGCUCGCUAUUCUCUUCUUGGUCCCUGUUGGGAAGUGGGACUUGAAUCGCUGUGCGCAUGCGCCUGUUGCUUUUCGGGCUCCGGGCCGAGUCUGGUAUGAUGGAGGAAGCGGAGGCGACAGAGCACUGAGCCGCAGUGGAGGACAGAGACUACAUGGAUUCGUUCUCCAGCGCCUCGGGACGCCGGCGGCGGAGACGGCGGCGAAUACUAGGGCUUUUGCUGCUUGCCUGCCUGCGGUCAGCCUUCGGAGCGGCGCAGGCAGAUUUUCAGCAGACCUCACUUCUGUCUUCCUAUGAAAUUAUAACACCCUGGAGAUUAGUUAGAGAAAGGAGAGAGGUCCCUAGGCCCUAUUCAGCACAGGACCAGGUGUCUUAUGUCAUUCAGGCUGAAGGAAGGAAACAUGUUGUUCACCUGGAAAGAAAUAAGAUACUGUUGCCCAAAGAUUUUGUAAUUUAUACAUAUAGCGAGGAGGGGUCUCUGCUCUUGGAUCAUCCUGAUAUGCAGGAUCAUUGCCAUUAUCACGGCUAUGUGGAAGGUGUCCCAAAUUCAGCUGUCGCACUUAGCAUUUGUUCUGGGCUCAGGGGAUUACUACAUUUAGAGAAUACCAGCUAUGGAAUUGAACCUCUAAAAUCUAGUUCUGAUUUUGAGCACCUCAUUUAUCGAUUGGACAAUGUUCAGCAAGAACCUCUGGCUUGUGGAGUAACUGCCAAAGACUUGAAGAAAGAAACUACAGAAGAUGAGAAGAAGGAAUUACAGAAACAAUCUCUUAGUAUGACUCAGUUGCUGAGGAAAAAAAGAGCUGUCCUUCCACAUACCAGAUAUGUUGAGCUAUUCAUAGUUGUAGACAAAGAAAAGUAUGACAUGAUGGGGAGUAAUCAAACUGCUGUGAGGGAAGAGAUGGUUCAGUUAGCAAACUACUUGGAUAGUAUGUACAUUAUGCUAAAUAUCCACAUCGUACUAGUUGGGCUAGAGAUUUGGACAAAUUCAAACCAAAUCAGCAUAGCUGGAAGUGCUGGUGAUGUGUUGGGAAAUUUUGUUCAAUGGCGAGAGAAGUCACUGAUUUCACGUCGGAGGCAUGACAGUGCACAGUUAGUUCUGAGGAAGGGCUUUGGAGGGACUGCAGGAAUGGCAUUUGUGGGAACAGUAUGUUCAAGAAGCCAUGCAGGAGGUAUUAAUGUGUUUGGGCAAAUCAGCGUGGAGACCUUUGCAUCCAUUGUUGCUCAUGAGUUGGGACAUAACUUGGGAAUGAACCAUGAUGAUGGGAGAAACUGCACUUGUGGAGCCAAGAGCUGCAUCAUGAAUUCAGGAGCAUCAGGUUCCAGAAACUUUAGCAGUUGCAGUGCAGAUGACUUUGAGAAUUUAACUUUAAAUAAAGGAGGAACUUGUCUACUUAAUAUUCCAAAACCUGAUGAAGCCUACAGUGCCCCUUACUGUGGUAAUAAAUUAUUAGAUGUUGGGGAAGAAUGUGACUGUGGUUCUCCAAAGGAAUGUGAAUUGGACCCUUGCUGUGAGCCAAGUACUUGUAAGCUUAAAUCAGGUGCUGAAUGUGCAUAUGGUGACUGUUGUAAAAAUUGUCGGUUCCUUCCAGGAGGUACUCUAUGCCGGCCAAGUGCCAAUGAGUGUGAUCUUCCAGAGUAUUGCAAUGGUUCUUCACAGUUCUGUCAGCUAGAUGUUUAUAUUCAAAAUGGAUAUCCAUGCCAUAAAAAUAAAGCUUAUUGUUACAGUGGCAUGUGUCAGUUUUAUGAUGCUCAGUGUCAAGUCAUCUUUGGCUCAAAAGCAAAAGCUGCUCCAAGGGAUUGUUUUAUUGAUGUGAACUCUAAAGGUGACAGAUUUGGCAAUUGUGGUCACAAUGGCAAUGAAUACAGAAAAUGUUCCACUGGGAAUGCUUUGUGUGGAAAGCUUCAGUGUGAAAACGUACAAGGGAUGCCAGUAUUUGGAAUUCUUCCUGCUCUCAUUCAGACUGUAUUUGGUGGCACUACAUGUUGGGGUGUGGAUUUCCAGUUAGGAUCAGAUGUACCUGAUCCUGGCAUGGUAAAUGAAGGCACAAAAUGUGAUCAUGGAAAGAUCUGUAGAAACUUCCAAUGUGUAAAUGCCUCUGUUCUGAACUAUGACUGUGAUACACAGAAGAAAUGCAGUGGAAGAGGGGUGUGUAAUAACAACAAGAACUGUCAUUGUAACAUGGGCUGGGCUCCCCCAAAUUGUGAGAAUACAGGGUACGGAGGAAGUGUGGACAGUGGACCUACUUAUAAUGAUAAAGACACUUCACUUCGGGAUGGGCUUUUAGUGUUUUUCUUCCUAAUUGUUCCCCUUCUUGUAUUUGCUGCCUUUGUCUUCCUUAAGAGGGAUCAGCUUCGAAGAAAGUUCUUCAGAAAGAAAAGAUCUCAAACAUAUCAAUCAGAUGGAAAAAAUCAAACAAAUGUUUCUCGACAACCAGCAAAUGCCCCUCGAAAUGCUCCUCCAGUGAUGAACCCUAGAGAUGCUGCUAUUUAUGCAAAUAGAUUUCCAGUACCAACUUAUGCAGCCAAACAACCUCAGCAAUUUCCAUCAAGGCCACCUCCACCACAACCAAAAGUAUUGUCUCAGGGAAACUUUAUUCCUACUCGUCCUGCACCUGCAGCCCCUGUGAAAGGACUCCUUUAGUUUUUCCUCCUUUGUAUAGAAGACUUCUUCAGGAAACUGAGUUGUUAAUAUUGUUUUUGGCAUUCUGGGAAGCCUUUCUUCUUGCAACAAAUAUUAAAAAAACACCAACUAUCAAACAUGGAAAUGCUUAAGAAGUGAACCACUAAAAACUAAGUGAAAAAGAAAGCCCAGCAUUCAAUAAUAGAAGAAAAUGCAGUAAGUCAAGGUUUCCAGAGGAAAUGAUUUCCAUUUUUUUAAUGACCAGGCCUAAUUAGGUCUUCUGAGAAGUGUGGCAUUAUAAAAUUAAGUAGGUAUCAUGAACAGAUCAAUAGUGUUUAUAAUCUUCAAAUUAGCUGGAAAUUGUUUUUAAGUUUUCCCAUUCCAUAACGAAAUGUGAUUCUGAAGUCUUCACUUUUGUUGCUGUAAUCUAGAAUCUUCCAAAAUAUAAACUGAAAAUACUAUAUUGUAAAGCAAUAGAAAUCAGAAAAUCUUGUUACCCAAAAAGUUAAAUCUUUCUUAUAUUGCAUGGACUGAUAAUUAUCAUUGCUGUGUUAAAGACAUGAGAUGAAACUAACGUGUCAUUAUUUUCAAUGAAAUAUAAAAAUACAUGCUCUAAAUGUGUACAUGUAGAUACACUUGUUGUUAAUAAUUCCAUGUUGAUAGUCUUUUGAACUAUAGACAAUGGAUAUUAGAAAAUUUCAUUUAAAUGUGUUUCUAAUGUUAAUCAUGGUAAUGCUUACUAGACUGGGAACCUUUUUCAUUAGCAUUAAUAUUUCAGAUGGGCUAUAAAAGGUACGAAGAAUAGCAGUCUUUAAUCGACUUUGGGGGCUGUCGGGUUAGAAGAGAAAGCAGAUAUCAUUGCAAUAUCUUGAGUGGAGUGAUCUCUGUUACAAAGACACUUGAGAAUUUCAUGCGCACUUUAAAAUUGUUAAUCUAAAAUAAACAACUUUCAACUAACAACUGAACUGAGUUUUCAGACUUUGCUGUUAAUAUAAAAAUGUUUACAUUUACUAAGUUAUGUUGGAUCAAGUCUUAACUCUUACUAAUGUUUUUGAAGGAUAUAAAAAUAAUGUUCAUUGAGUUUCAUUGAGGUUUCAAGUGUUUUGGUAUCUGUGUGUAUACAUACAAGUGUAUAUACAUUGAUAACUAUAACAUUUGCCAUAAUAAAAUACUUGAAAUUCUAUAUUGUUGAUUCUGUAACAGAAUAAUAAAACAUUCAGUUAUCUAACAUUAAAUUUCCAGAUAAAGUAGCACAAGAACUUUUACAAGAUUAUCUUUUUUUGGCUAAUUUUGCAAGUUUUUUUGUAUAUUGUAUACAUGGCCUGCCUGUUUUAAAGUGAUACAGCUUUGCUUUAGGGGGUAGGAAGAUUGAGCUCAGAAGGUGGUUCGUUAUUUCAAUGACCAUAUUUUGAUCAGAGAAAUACUAUAUUGUGAAACAAUCCCAAAAAGAAGAUCCUACUUUGAUGUAAACUUGUGAACAAGUACAUCUAAGAUAAAAGUGCUAAAAUCUGUGUACCUUUCAUUAUUUGCAGACUGUUUUUUAUGAUUGUAGUGUAUAUCAUUGCACUGUUAUGGGCAGUAGUUCUUUGAACUCUUAGAAAAUAAGAAAUUUGACUACUGAUUUUAUACUCUGAUCAUUUGAACAAUCAGAACUUUUUUUCUAUAUCUUUUAUUUUUCCUUGUUUGCACUCAGAAGUUUGUCCUUGCUGAUUUUAUUUUGAUUUGCCACCUAUAGUGUAAAAAUUUCUCAAUCAUGAUUGCCAUUUUUGAAAUGGAAAAGAAUAAAGGGCUUUUUAAAAAUCAAA